AUGUUUUCUGCAAAAGCUUUUUUGCUUACAUUUGUAAUUUAUGCUAAAAUUUUCAUUUCUCCAAUUAUUACUGAAAUUUUAUUAAAACCAUCGAACGAAUUUAAUGGAAUUAUAUACGACAAUUCCGCUUCAUCAAUUAGCAAUAUAAUUAAUGCUAUUACUGCUACUACUACUACUACUACUACUACUACUACUACUGCUAUUACUACUACUGCAAUAAGUAUUAUCAUUAAUGAAAUUCAAACUACUACUACAAUUAGUAGUAGUAGUAGUAAUAGUCAUCUUCUAGAUGUUAAUUCAGAUGAUAAUGGUAAAAUUUCAAGUAAUUUUUCAUACAUCAAUAAAUCAAUCGAUUCAAUUGAUGACACAUUGUCAACGAUAAUGUUGAAAUCAUCAUCCGAAUCUAAAAUAACCAAUCAUAUCAGCUCAAAGGGUGCUUUUUUUUGUCGCUAUCAAACUAUACCAUAUAAAACAGCAAAAGUACGAUUGUAUUCGAAUAUUGCAAGAGUUCAUGAAAACAAGUAA